CUUGAGGGCCAUAGUGUGGACAAGAGGUGUCACAUGGUGCAGCGUGAUGGGUUGAUGGUGAUCCAUAAGGUUACGACUGUGGGAGAGGAGGUGACAGAAGAAAGCAUGUCCUACCCCAUGUCUGUCCUGAGAGGGCUGGUAACUGAGGGCUCCAGCUUGCUGCUGAUGCGCCUGAUCGCUCUGAGGAGGAAGAUGCCAGAAAACAUGACGUUUGUCUCCUUAGACCCAGGAUUACACAUAAUUAACACCUCUUUUAGAGAGCUGGGUCAGAGGCAGCUAGAGGUCGGGGGUGAGCUCCUGGAUGUAUUUGGGGUAGAGAGGAUUAUUCAGUCCAUGGAGGGCAGCCCCAGUACCUGGCAGUGCUACUUCCUGGAUGAUGG